UCCACUUUAAGAAGAAAGAGAAGACCGAACCACUGGACUUGGACUUUUGAAACUUUGAAGUAAACUUCUUCCUCUACCACGGGUGCUUUCAAAUCUCCAUUGAAGUUCUAAAAUUUCCUUCAAAAUGUGCUAAAUUGACUCCCAAACUCCUGAAUUCUGAGUCCUCAACUGUCAAGAGGCAAGGAUUGUGAAGAAACUCUCUCUCUCUCUCUCAAACACAAAUAUAUAUAUAUAUAUUUAUAUAUAUUAUAUGGUAUAAUAACAUUAGUAAAGAUCCCAAGCUGCAAACCAAGAUCAGGCAAACUUGUUGUGUAUCUGGGGACAUAUAAGCGGACAAACAGAUGAGGCCCAAUUGGGAGCUCAAGAACUGCUGCAACCAUGAACAAGUGCUGUUUCUUAUUACAGUCUCUGUCUGCACUGUUGUUAUUCUCGCGUUGUGGAGAACAAUAUUGCUGAAACCAUUCAAGCUUGUCACUGUAUUUAUUCACGAGGCGAGUCAUGCUAUUGCUUGUAAACUCACAUGCGGACAUGUGGAGGGGAUCAAGGUUAACGUAGAUGAAGGUGGAACCACACAGACCCGUGGUGGAAUUUACUGGUUGAUCUUGCCGGCUGGAUAUCUUGGUUCUUCUUUCUGGGGUAUGGUCUUAAUUCUUGCAUCCACAAAUCUUCUUACUGCAAGAAUAGCUGCAGGAUGUUUUCUUGCAGCACUACUUGUUGUACUCUUUGUAGCUAAAAAUUGGACACUUCGAGGACUAUGUAUUGGUUUUAUUCUUUUCCUUGGUGUAAUUUGGGUUCUGCAAGAAACAACAACAGUUCAUAUACUUCGGUACAUAAUUCUGUUCAUUGGUGUAAUGAACAGCUUGUUUUCAGUUUAUGAUAUUUAUGAUGAUCUAAUAUCCCGUAGAGUGCACUGUAGUGAUGCCGAAAAAUUUGCUGAAGUGUGUCCUUGCCCUUGUAAUGGUGUCGGAUGGGGCGUUAUUUGGGGAUUAAUAUCGUUUGUGUUCCUUUGUGGAGCCAUGUACCUUGGUCUUGUGAUUUUGUCUUGAGGAUGAAAGGUUCUGGUUUCAUAAGGGUGAGAAGAAUGAAGUCAGCUUGAUCAGAACAUCUUCCCAAUAAAAAAUAUAUAUAUAUAUAUGAUUUCUGUUAACCAAUGGAAAUGUUCAUCUUAGCGAUUCACAGCUUAUACCUUAGAUUUGAGCUUCAAACUUGUAAUUUGAUGCGGACUUUUGCUAUUUAAAAUCUUACCUAUA